AUGCCAAAGCGGAAAACCUCACCAUGCCGCUCCUCUUCCAAAGGCAGUAUUACCCUCUCCUCGCUGGACGCUGCCCUCGACAUGCUCGCGACAGACACCUUUACCCGGCUCGACUCGCUCAUCGCCAAGUUCGAGAAUGCCGCGGGCAUCCAGGUUGCGCCAGGACAGGCUAAAGUCAGGUGGGAAGAGGCUGUAAAGCGGUAUUGGGUGAUGCGGAGCAUGGAGGUGUUGAGCUGUUCGGGAUAUGCGGAUAAGGGGAAGGGGAAGGCCAAGGAGGGAGCCGGGGCAGAAGAGGGGGAUGCGGCGAUGGAGGAUGGGGAGGAGGCGAAGGAUGAGACCGGGCGGUCUAUACCGAAGCCACACCUCGGACCUGUGGCCAUGUAUGGCCUGUGUGCAGAUGAGGAGCAGCAAUGGAGGAGAUGGUCUCCCAAACCAGGGGACGUAGUUCUGGUCGACUUGCCAGACAACGGAGUGUGGCCUGGCAAGGUUAUAGAUAAGAAGGUGUUCUACCAGGGCCGCACUAUGCCCAAGGGAUACCACUACUUCCCCGUGCGAAUAUACGAUGAAGGCAUAGAACCCUGCGUUACGGUCAAAUCCCGCCUACUUCCCUUCCACCUCCGCCCCGCCCCACCCCUCCUAGCCUCCAUCUCCCUGCAAUCGGCAUAUCACCACGCCGCCUCCCCUUCUGGCUUCGACACCCUCGCGCACACGCGCGAACAAAACGCAGCACACUGCCGCUCGCACCCCGGCGUAGGGGGUGAUCCGGCCGAUAUCAAGCGGGAGAAGGAACGGUGGAAUGAGCAGGUGAAUUGGGUGAUGAAUGAGCGGAGGGCGGAAAAAAUGCGAAUACUGGCCGAAGAGCGAGAGAAGCGCUUGGCGAGCAUCACGGUGGUCAAGGUCGAGCCGGAAGAUGAGCGGGGUUGUCAUGACGACUCAAGUGCGUGGGACGACCACGAUCGGGGCGGCGGCGGCGGUGGCGGGGGAGGCGGCAAGAAGAAGCGGAGAACGUCAAUACCCCUUCCGGACAUCAGUAAGAAGGGCCGCUCCGGAUCGCCUUUACCCAACAACACGAUCUUUGGACCCAUGUCGACCGUCCCUUCUCCCUUUCCUGCUACAUCCAUCGGAUCGACACCCCGCCGGACGUCCUCGCCUGCUCUAGGCGGCGCUAUUCGGCCCGGGUUCGGGAUUGCCACACCCAUUCGACCCCUCUCUCCGCGGCGCGCAGAGAAGCGCCGGUCGGUAUAUGGCGGGAUGGGAGAGUAUUCGCCCGGUCGUACAAGAGGCGGGACAUGGACGCCCCCUCGGAUCCUGCCUAGUGGAGACGAGACGGCUCCUGGUGCAUUUGGCGGCGGAGGCGGAGGCGGUACAGGCGGACUGGGCGCGGAAGGGAUGAGGGACGGGAGCAGUCCUGUACCGAGCGGGAAGUUUGACUUUGUCUCUCCGCUAGGCCCAGUCAAUGGCGGUCGACUCAACGGGGGCAAUUCGACAGUGGCGUCGUCCUUGACGAUGACGACAAUGGGGGAGAGGGGUUUGCAGCGGAGUGGGAGUCUGAGUGCGAUAGGUGCAGGACCGGGGGUAGGGGAGUUGGAGUCUGUCAAAGAGGAAGAAGGGGAGGCGGAGGAUGGGUGGACGUUGGUCAGUGCGAAGAAGAGGGGGAAGGGGCGGGCGGGCAGUGCGCCGUGUGAGAAGGUAAAAGGGGGUCAGGGCGAGGAGGGAGCAGGGGCAGCAGCUGGGAGUCAAGGAGCGAUGGAGGAAGAUAUGGAUUUGUAG